CACUAGGUAGGCAAUAGAUAUAACAACCUACGCUGCAGGUUCAAUCGAACCUUGAGCUAUCCUUUGGUGCUCGACCAAACUUUAUACGUAAUUUUCCAUUGCAGUAGCAGAUCGAUGCCCUGAAAUCUCAUUUGUUCACAACAAACAUGGCUCCAUCGGCAACUGAACACUAUGAGCACGCCUACCCUCUUGGCAACGAUCUCGAGGCCAAGCGUUUGCGCAAUCAACAUGAUGUGAUCAAAGAUGCCAUGGGAGGCUUAGUAUUAGCCCCGGUCGAUUUCUCUGCCUCUCCGCUCAAAAUUCUAGACUCGGCCACGGCUGACGGAACAUGGAUCCGGGACCUUGCAGCCGCUUACCCAGAUGUCAAACAUGAGUUCAUUGGUAUCGACAUCAACCCCGCCGAGUUUCCGGCCGAGCCCCCCGGCGGCACUACCUACCAAGUUCACGAUAUUAACAAGCCGUGGCCGGAGGAGUGGGCAGGGCACUUUGACUUCGUGCACCAGCGCCUUGUCUUGGUGAGCGCCGGCGCUCGCCAGGAGCAAGCGCUGCAUUCUCUAGGUGCUCUUGUCAAGCCCGGAGGCUGGAUUCAAGUCAUUGAGGCUACGAACGAGCUUCCGGAAGGAUGUGGGCCGGUAAUGCAUGCCUUUGUGGACGUCAUGAACGGCGUCUUCAAGUUCAUGGACGCCGAUCUCAAGUUGACCGACCAAAUUCCAGGCUGGCUUAAAGGCGCCGGCUUUGUAGAUAUUCAGGAUCGCAACGUGCCUCUCAAGUUCGGCGCUCAAAACCCGGAUGCUACACUGGCUGGGCAGGGCGUCUUCUCCACAAGCGCCGCUGCUGGGGGCCUUGGCAAGUUUGCACAGACUCUUCCCCAGGGCACCAUCAGUCUGCCGGCGGAGAAAUUGGACACACUGGGCUCUGACUUGGACAAGGAACUGAAGGAAGUGGGGGGUGUAUAUCCAUUGCGCGUCAUCUGGGGACACAAACCAAUCUAGGCAAAUUGUGAUCCAGUCAAACGUAACCACGAAGUUCAAUAUAGGCCAAGUCGGCCGGCCCUUGCAAUGAAUCCUUCCGCGUUUUACAAUUUAACGAGAGAAAUAAAAGACUGUGAUUACGAAAUUUUAGGGUAGCAUUCUUUAGAAUCUGUUUUUGUAUGUAUGUCAGAUUGUCGCGAUCAAAUCAUGUGGUAUAUCGGGGCCCGAAAGUCCUACCAUGUCCAUGCGUGUAGUGUAUACCCCUGUCAAUUUUCCCUUUUGUUGGAGAUAUGC